ACUUUAAGUUUCCAGCAAAAUCUACCAAACAUCUGAAAGAUUAUGAUGAAACGAUCGGUGAAACCUAGAACCAAUGCAGUGUUGGAAAUGCCGAAAACAGGAGAGCUGAUGCGUUGUUGUAUCUGCUGUAAACAAAAAGCAAAGGAUGACCUAUACGAUCUGGCCAUAUCUGUUGAUAUGUCGGAUGGGAAAUCUUCGUGUACGAUUGCAGAGAUGAUUGAAACAGUAGCUUCAAUAAAGCUCAAACCAGUACCACAGUCUGUUUGUGAGGCAUGUUGGAGCUAUGUGAAUGCAGCACAUAUAAUUCGUGACAAAAUUCGCCGCUCGAAAUACCUGCAAAGAUACAGUGAAAAUGAACAUGGCAACGAUACGAUUGACGAAAUUGCUGCAAACUUUGAGAUUUUAGCAGAGGAUAGCUCAGUGAAGUGUCCAGAGGAAGAUUAUGAAUGUGAAUAUCUCGAUGAAUAUCUCGAGCCAAACAAACCGAAUGAUCACACGUACGAGAGCCGGCGGGACGAGGAACCGGGGGAAAAGGAGGAGGAAGUGGAAGAUAGUGCGAAUCACAAGAGUAUACCUUCUAGCAGGGCAAUCUUGCUUGACGCUUCGAUUGUAAAAGAUGAAACAGUUCUUGGCGAUCCAUGCCCAAGUGACCUUCAUAUUACGCGUCAGUUUGAAGAACCUCGUACACAGUUUAUACAGCGGGAUGAAUUCCACAACCAGUACCGAUUGCUGGAAGUAACCGGAGAACGUUGCUGUGGAUGUAGCUUUGUCGCGGAAAAUCGAAAAGAACUCUUGCAACACUCGGAAACGGUUCAUGCAAUUGAUAUCACAGACAGUGGAGAUUACUGUCCGAUUUGUUUCUACAAGUUCGCUACCGAUCAGCAUUUGGAGCGACAUAUAGAAGAGUUCAAAUCGACCAUGGUAUACGUCUGUUUGCAGUGCAAUCGGUUCUACAAUCUGCGUCAAAAGAUGUUCAACCAUUUGCUGAAAUGUGGAGAAAGCAUCUCCGUGUUAUCGGCGGACGAAUCAGACGCGGAGGAAAAUGAAAACCUGGACAAUGAGGAAGAGUACUAUGAAGAAAUCAUUGAAGAUAUGUAUAGUAACCUGAACUCACCGGCCAACGAUAGCCUAAUCGAAUCGUAUCAACGGAAGAUGAUGCGCUGCCGGGCACUGUUCGAUGAGAUAACAUCGAAUGAAACCUUUUCCUGUAAGCUAGAUGAAGCGGAGUUGAAUGUACAGGAUGUUCAAAUCAUAGACCAGUGCACCUUCGAGACGUUCAAGUUUGUUCGCCUUCGCGGGGAACGUUGCUGUGGAUGUGCAUACACGUGCGCUACCAGAGGACAGCUGAUGCAGCAUGGGAGGGCCAUUCACGCGUCUGAUAAAAACCUGCAGGAUGAUCUCACGUGUUGUCUGUGUGGAAGUCAGUUUCAUGUCGAGAGCGAAAUGGUUAAGCAUCUGAGCUUUUUCACGAGUAAAGAACUAUUUUUCUGUACCAUCUGCAACGAGUCGUUCCUUUGUAGGGAAAGUUUAAAGACUCACCAACAGACGAACGAAAGCCACCAAGAGCAGCAGCGGAAAAAGUUCCAGGAUACUGAUAUCGAAAUGUUUGGGUCCGGUAUGUUCAUCGAGCUUGACAUGCCGUUGGUUAUUGAGCAGCUGGAUAGGUUGCAAGCCGAGAAGAAUAUCAACCGCCCGAAAUACAUACGCUGCAUACCGAUGCCGGAAGAGCGCUUCAUCCAGAAUAUUACGGAGUAUACAAAUUACUCCAUACUGACGGUCGUUGGUCAACGGUGCUGUGGUUGUGGCAAGUUCUUCGACACGCUGGGAGAUUUGAAACAACAUUCCCAGCAGGAGCAUACGAUGUCGAUAGCAUCGAGUUGGAUUAGCGAUCAGCUUCAAUGCGAUAUCUGCUACGCUGUGUUCGAUUUCGAGCGUGGGCUUAUAUUGCACAAGUCAACCAGACGUAACAACAAGACAAACCUUUAUCUCUGCAAACUGUGCGGACUUCUUUUUACGAAAAAAUAUUGUCUAGCUCGGCACAUGCAGUUUGCACCGAAUCAUUUAUCGGAAUUGAUUGUCCAUGCCAGUGGUAGAGGCACCAGCGAAGCGGAUGGACAGGACGAAAAGGGACUGGAUGAUGCCGAAAUUAACGACCCGGCAGAAUCGGAUCCACGUGUUAGCGAAGCGUUGCAGCUACACAAAUCGGUCCAACAGGCUGGCUUAGAGAAGGUAGGACAUUUUGUGGGCUAUCAUUGCUGCUUUUCCAAAUGUACCGCAACCUUCAGCAACGAGGAAGAUUUGGUCGAGCACUCGCGAGACGAACAUAAUGGCAAACGACAAGAGAAUGAGACCGAACGAAAGUCGGACAAGAACAUUUGCCCGUCUUGCUGUAAAUCGUACCAGGAUCUUGUAAAACUGGCAUGGCACCGGUUUCAGCGGUUUGUACCCCGACAGUACAACUGCAAACACUGCGAUAAAACGUUCGACAAAUAUCCAAACCUGAAGCUGCACGUGGAUACUGAACAUAGUGAAACCCCUUCCAACUACGUAUGCUCGGUAUGUGAUAAAUCGUUCGUGUUGAACUCCCGUCUGAAGGCGCACAUGAAACUGCACACGUCACAGAAGGACUAUGGGUGCGAUAUUUGUGGAGUCAAAUUUCGAAGCAACGGAUUGAUGAAGCGUCAUCGGCGGUCGGUGCACUCUACGGAACGUCCGUUCGAGUGUAAGCUCUGUCCGAAACGGUUUCGCGUUAUAGAGAAAUUCAAAAUUCAUCAACGUGUUCACACCGGCGAGAAGCCGUUCGAGUGCACAUACUGCCAACGGACGUUUAGUCACUUUACCGACCGGAAGCGACAUAUAAUGACCGCCCAUACCGGCGAGCGACCCUUCAAAUGUUCGUACUGCACCGCGGCGUAUAUUCGCAACCGAGAACUUACACUCCAUAUGCAAAAACAUAAAGAUAUUAUACAAAACCAAGCCAGUGUAGUGAAGGAAGAGUGUAGCUAUGAGAGUGGAUAACAUUGUAGAAAAAUGUGCCUACUCUAAAGUUAACCAAAAAAGUGAAAGGCAUACAUUUCUUUAAGUUUAAAAAUAUAAACCAAAUUCCCCGGCAGUAAGAAACAUAGACGAAUAAAUAAAUUUCAAA